AUGGGCAACGCAUCGCCAUUUUCAAGAAUGUCUGCUACCGCGGAGGAGCCGGAUCUUUUCAACGAUGUUGAAAUAAUGGAAGUCGGUGAUUUUACGGAAAGUGACGAAAACUACGUUUCGGUGGAGUUGCGUUCUGACGACGAAGACGACGAUCGUAUUAUACUUGAUGCGAACGAAUUUUCGCCUCCAAAAUCGUUGCUACAAGCUGAGUUUGAAACCAUGGCAACCGAAACAUCCACGUAUGCCAUGAAUUCCUCGGUACAGAACAAUCGUUUUCUAUCUGACCAUGAAUACUUGAACGACAGCACGACUAACAACAUUUGUGCACCAGAGUUUGAAGCGACAGCUAGUGGACGGAUAACGAGUCAAAUCGAGCACACCAGUAGUGAGCGGUUUAGUGUUCCGUACGUUGAAGAUCUUGGACUGCAGGAUUUGUUUAACAAAGAUAACGCUCCGGAUGGGGCAACGCCGAUAGAUAUCGAAGAAAGCGAUGACGACACAGCGUUUGACCAGCAAGAAGUAAAAAUUGAAAUUGGGGAACCGCAAAUCCAAGAGACAAUCGUGGAUACCGAUUUCAUUGGGAAUGAACAAAUUGCCAUUGAUGGUUUGCAGGAAGAAGUCGAUGAUCCGUGUUACGACAUAUUGCGGUCGCUCGACAGUACAUUAGCUAAUUGCGAGACAAAUAAAAGAUCGUUGCUUGAUAAUGAUCACUCCUACACGACGUUAAACUUCAGCAGCCCGCUGCCCAGCGACCAGGACGAUUCAGCCUCCGAUGAUGGCAGCAGACUUAGGAAGUUGGUAAUGCUUUCUAACAAAUUGGCCUGCGUGGGUGAUGUUACCACGACGAGUGGUAAACAAACGGCAGAACGAAUUGACGUGACCGUCAGAAGAUUACUUGAACGCUCGAAAAAGCAUCGCAAAUCUGUGGUAGAACAUGAACAGCCUGUCGCGGAAGGUUCACCGACAGCGAACGGUGAUAGCCCGGGCAGAUUGUCCGUGUUGCUAUCCACCAACUGCUCGGAACGUUUGGAAGACGAUGGAGCUCUCCCAUUGUCUGGUGGCUCGUCGAAUGAGCAGGUACAGGAAUUUUCUGGCUCGGAUACAGACUGUGCAAAAGACGGUGCUACUGCGACGGAUGGGACCGCAACAGAGCUCGAUGACCUAUUAUCAUUAGGGAACAAAUUUGCAAAACAAUAUGAACAAUGGAUAGAGAAGACGAAAGGUGAAGAAAAUUUGGCAUCAGUCCCGAAGAAGGCUUCUGAAUUAGAAGUUUUAAUUAAAAAGAUUAAUAGACAGAGCAAGCAGAGCUACCCUAACAGUUCAAAGGUACGGCAGUAUUCGUCCGAAUCGAACGUUAGUAGUUCAAGAUCUAAAGUAGAAAUAGCCGUACAGACGGAUAGUUCAAAGCACAAACAACGGGAAUUGAAUGAACAGUCCAAACAAAAGUUGCUAAAUUCUUUGAGCAAUAGCAGCAGCGAUCAAUCCGGCAGCGAGGGUUCGACCAUGGCGCGAAGCUCGGAUACCGAUAGCGAUGGUGACGAAAUGAUGCAAGAGUUUGUCAGACGCAACAGACGAUUGCGAAAAAGUGCCAAAGACAAGCGGAAAGCUCGCACGUCUGAAGAUGUUGUAAAAGGCAAGCCCGCUGCUAGUAAAAUCUACUCAGACAGCAGUGCGGACGAGGAGAAGCAUUCCGAGCGGGAUGGGGAACGUGUGGAUGGGGACGAGAACCUUCUCGACGGUGUUUUGAGCGGAGUAGACGACAUUAUUUCCGAUUGUCCGGACGUGAUGGGUGUGAUGCAAGAUUACUUUCAGAAGGCAGAAGAACGGCAAGACGAAGAGGAUCGUUCGCCGAAACAAAGUCAACUUACUACCGAUGAACAACUAAGGACGGAUCAACGAAGGCAAGGUUUUACCAAGGUGCUAGAUAAGGCUUCUGCUACAAAGCAUGUUAAAGACAUGACCGAAGCCGAACGAGAGGACUAUGAAGACAUGGAGAUCGAACGAUUGUGUAAUUUAAACAAUAUUGUCGUAGGCAGAAAUGCUUCUAAUGUCGUCUCAGGAAAUACGCAAACUAUGGUAAAAGCAAAGGGCGCUAAAGAAUUCCCAAAAAAGAAAAAGGCAGAAAACAGUAUGGAAAAGUUUUUAAAUGAUGAAAACGGCACCGAUAACAUGAUCCAACUCGAACCACACUCUGAGGAAUCGAGCGAGAGUGAAAAGGAUGUGGUGGAAACGGAAGAACAAUUUUUACAAAAGUGCAACGAAACUGUGAAGCUGCAGCUGCUAAAUCAGUCCACGAGCAGCAGUGAAGAAAUGACCGAUGCGGAUAGCAUGGACGAUCGGAGCGAUACCAGUGAUGACACAAGUCAAAAUAGAUCUGACGAAUCUUCUGGCUCGUUGGUGGAAAACUUUUUGAAACGUCACGGCAACAAAAGAACGAAGAUUCAGGAAAAGAAAAAGCGGGCAAUGGAAGAGCCCAGCGAUGUAGAAAACAGCAAUUCGCAGUUAUUAAGUAAUGGGAGAGCUGAUUCCCCGGAACACAAAGCGGCUGAUGUGGUAGAAGCUUCCAGUGGUAAAGACACAUCAGCGGAGAAACCACCUGGAGAAUGUAAGAAGCAAUUUCGCAUGGAGCUAGCAAAUCCGAAAGAUAAAGAAUUGUUCAGCAACGAUCUGUUUGACGACAGCAAAAGUGACACAUCGCAGAAACAGCCUCGCAAAAAGCGAAAACGAAUUGGUGCUCGAAAAUCACGUAUGUCGUCCAAUUCUUCGGAUUUGGAAUCUUCCAGUGAGGCAUCUGAUGAGGAAAUAAAUAAAAUUUCGAUAAAGAAACGUCAACGGAAACGAACGGUACCCUCCACAGCGGAGGCACUAGAUUCCAGCGCAACAACGGCUUCUCCUCGUAAAGAUAACUUAAAGUCGGGUGUAGGUUUGGUAACAAGUGAGAACGAUGCAACGACAAAGAAAGCCACUAUAUCCGAGUCUGAUUCUUUGGAAAAAACAUCAUCCCCAGCAACUGGUUUAGAGUCGACAUCAUUUGCCACAGAUCGUUCGGUAAAAUCCAAAGCUUCGAAAGAUGGUCAGGACUGCAUUAGCCUCAGUUCGGACAGCUCGGAUGAUGCCGAAUUGAUUUCGGCCGAUCCGGACGAAGGUAAGACACCACCGGACAAGGAUGCGAGGCGAAGAAUUCGGCCCAUGCUGAGCAACGACGAACUGGCAGAGGAAACUAAAAAAGCCCAAAAGGAAGAGGAAGGUCGAGCAGCAAGGUUAAAAAAGAAGCAAGAGCAGCUGAAGAAAUGUCUCACCACAUAUAAUCCGACGUCGGGUGAGAGUGAUUUGGUACUGGAUUAUGAUUCGGUGCGCCGCCAGGCAAUCAGCGUUCAUCCGGAGAUUGUGAAGCUUUUAAAACCUCACCAGGUGGAAGGCAUUCAAUUCAUGUACGACAACACGUACGGUUCGGUUGAUGCGCUACCGAAACAUCCCGGUUCUGGUUGCAUUCUGGCGCACUGUAUGGGGCUCGGUAAGACACUGCAAAUGAUUACGCUGCUGCACACGGUAAUGCGCUAUCCGCAGCUGAUGACGAACCGUGUGCUGGUCAUAUGUCCGAAGAGUACGGUAAUGAACUGGAAGGAAGAGAUUUCUCGAUGGCAGGGCACUAUUCGCACAGGCUAUCAGAUGCGGGUGUACUGUUUCGCGGACGUUUGCACGCAGAACGAUAAGAUAUCGGUGCUGAAGCGAUGGUACUCAUGCAAGUCGCCCACCUGCGGUGUGAUGUUGAUUGGAUACGAAGCGUUCCGUGCACUUAUCAACUACGAGCGCCGGAAAGGUUCGGAGAGAAUGCGCAGCACCAAAUUGGGGCUUAUCAAAGAGUAUCUGCUAAAUCCGGGUGCCGAUUUAGUGAUAUGUGACGAGGGUCAUCAAAUUAAAAACAAGCGAUCCGCUAUAAGUGAGGCAGUAUCUAAAAUCCAUACGAAACGGCGAAUUAUUCUCACGGGAACUCCGGUGCAGAACAAUCUGAAGGAGUACUAUUGCAUGGUCAACUUCAUCAAGCCGUCAUUUCUGGGAAGCGACAAGGAGUUUAACAACCUUUAUGGGAAUCCAAUUAAGAAUGGGCAAUGUAAGGAUUCCGAUCAGCAGGCCAUUAAGAUUAUGAAGCAACGAUCUUACGUUUUACACAAUAAGUUAUCAAAAUUCGUACAGCGAAAGGAAGCAGGAGUAUUAAAGGAGUUCCUUCCUGCAAAAUAUGAGUACGUGUUAUUUGUUCCACUGACACCGGUACAAGAGAAAUUGUACGAAGUAUUUUUACAAAUGAACGAAUACACAAGCAGCGACAUUACCGGCGAACCUGGUAGGACAAAAAAAUUCAAGCUGAUUGCCGAUUACACCUCAUUACGCAAGAUAUGGACUCACCCAAAAGUAUUAGAGAAAGCGUGGGAAUUGGCAAAUCUGGAGAAAAAUCGCAAAGAUGCGAUGCGCAAAACGGCUACUCCGGACACGGACGAUGAAGCGCCCGACGAUAUCAACGAUAUCGCGAGUGGGCAGUUGUCGGUUACGAAUGAUUGGUGGCGCCGGUAUCUACAAACGGCCGAUUUGGAAUCGCUCUUCCCAAGCAACAAGUUGUGGAUCAUGUUCGAAAUAUUGAAGCAGAGCAAUGAGCGUGGUGAAAAGGUGCUAAUUUUUACAGCCUUUGUGUCGGUUCUUAACAUGGUCGAACAUUUUAUGGCCAAGAUCCAUAACCAAAGCGAAAAUCAACAGCAGUCGGACGAGUAUGGUUACAGCGCAUUUAAGGGUCCGUGGCGCCGAGGCAAAGAUUAUUAUCGGUUGGAUGGAAAGACACCAAAGACGGAGCGCCAUGACAUGAUCACGUCGUUCAAUGACCCGUUAAAUACGAUUACGAAAUGUUUCCUUAUUUCGGCAAAGGCCGGUGGUCAGGGCAUUAACUUGACGGGUGCAAACCGAGUGAUUAUUUUGGACACGUCCUGGAAUCCAUCAAAUGACCAGCAAAAUAUUUUCCGCAUUUUUCGCCUCGGCCAGAAGCGUCAGUGUUACGUAUAUCGGUUGAUAGCCGUGGGUACGAUGGAGGAAAAGGUGUACUCGCGUUCGGUUACGAAGCAGGCCCUCAGUUACCGGGUGGUGGACGAACAACAGAUUGACAGGCAUUACAGUUACGGCGAAUUGGCGGAGCUGUAUACACUGACAAGGCUUACAGAGAUGACGCGCGAAACGCCAAUUCUUCCGGCAGAUGAUAUUCUGGCGUCAUUGUUGCGUAUCUUCCCGAACAAAAUUUUCAAGUACCACGAGCAUGACUCACUGCUGGAAAACAAACCCGAACAAGACCUAAGCGAGGAGGAAAAGAAGGAGGCUUGGGCAGCAUACGAGCGGGAAAUACAGAACAAUGAAAACCGUUCCUAUUUAUCGCAGAUUGGUUCGCUAGGUACGGCUGGAGCGGUUGGGGGUCUAUUUGGUACAUCGCAAUACGGAUCAACGAUGGCUUCGUACUAUGCCGGGUUGGGGUAUGGAGGUAUGCCAGGUUUUCCCAUUGCCGGUGGCGACAUGUAUCGGAAUGAUUUCUCCUACGGUAAUACGAUGAGUAGACCACUCUACAUGCCGUAUGGCGCACAGCAGUCCUUCUCCGCAAUGAUGAACGAUCCUGCAUACGCGUCGGCAAUUUCAAAGCUAAUAACCUAUUCUAUGCCCGGCACCGGAGGGAUGGACUAUGGUAUGCCUUCGCUUCAGGGUCAUUCGUCACCAUUGAGCAAUGGUCAAUCGAUGAUGCCACCGGUCGGUCCAACGACAGGUCAAGGGGGACCAACCGGAAAAGGAUACGGAUCCGCUGGUGUUCUAGCGAGCAUGCUAAACUACUACACUGGCAAGGUGGCUGGCGGUAGCAGUGGAUUAUCGCCAUCAGCUCUGAGUGCAUUAGGACAAACUCCGUUGCCCGGUUUGGCAAGUUCCUCGUUAGGAGAUAUCGCUGCGCAGCAUAGUGCCUCAAACAGCAACAAUCCCAUGAGUCACUACAAUACGUUAAAACAGAUGAGCGAUUACGCACAAAGCAACUCGGCGCUUCUGCCACCUAACGCAAUUCCAUCGCCAACUUCGUCGGGACUGACGAUUACAAAUAUAACCUCACUCCACAAAACGAAACCAUCAUCCGGUGGAAAUCCAAGUACAAGUGGUGGUGGUUUUGAUUCUACGGUAUUCAAUCGGUUGAGCGAACAUCUGGCUAUUUCACCACUUGCAUCGGCUGGCCUUUCUAGUCCAUUCUCACCCCGCAAUGUGCCAUUGCAAUCGCCGACGUUGGAUAACCAGGCUAGAAAUAAUGCAGCACAUGUCCCAAUUACUUCCUCGUCAUUACAAUCGUUUACCAGCAGCACGAAUGUGAAUCCUGGCAGUAAUGCUAAUGCCACAGUAACAACUGCGAACAUUCAGCCUGCACCAGCACAAUCGAUAACGAUUGGGCAAAGUAUGCAAAGGAAUAUUAAACCGACGGCAGCCUCAUCGAGUCGUUCCACUGUUACCAAUUCGGUAGAAUCCAUUAGAUCAAAUCCCACUACAUCCGUUUUGCGCUCAACAUCUGGUACAGCGCUUAAUGCCAGCGCAGCUACUAUUAUACCGAGCGACGAGGAAGAAGAUUUAAGCAAUACGAAAGCUAUUCCUCCAAAAACACCCAACUCGUUAGAAAAACGUGCCACUGGAACUAACUUUGGUAUCACAUACAAUACGAUGCAGGACAAAUCUACCAACCCGUCAGCAAAUACCGGUAUCGGAAAAGAUUUGUUAAAGAAUUUGAAAACUCUAAGCAGUAAUAUAGCUCAGCAGCAUGCAAAGCCUAUGUCUCCGAAGCCGUUCACCAAACCGGGCAUUAUACAAACUUCUCAAACUGUUCCUCCCAUAAUCGGCAAUACCAAUCCUAACCGAAUUCAACUAGAACGUACGAACAGUUUAGCUGCUCUAAGCAGUGUAGGUACAACAUCCGCACUACAGCCAAUGACGAAGGCAACGGUACCCAUCAAACCAAGUCGAUCCUCACCGACGAUUAAUUUAACAACUCCCGUGAAAAAACAAACUACCGCGGUGAGCAAGCCAACAUCGAUGACUCGAAGUCCUCUGAUGGCACAACCUCCAGCGAACAAGACAUUGUUACAGUCUGCAACCACAUCAACCGCACCACCAAUGCAGUAUGUGCGAUCUGGCAAUGCAGUUCAGCGAACGUCAGGAACAGCUGCUUCCCUCAGCACAAUGUUUCCGAAGGGCAGUUCUGCUGUAGUGAUUAAAUCACUGGGAACUACGAGCGCAGGAGCUGUGCAAGCUACGAACACUACGACCACGGCUGCGACUGCGACAAGAACUGUUAGCACCACUGUGAAACCGGCGCUGGUUAAUGCAAGCCAACAGGGCAAAACAACGAACGGCUCACAGCCGAGCCUGACCGGAUUGCAAACAAUGUCUCCUAAGACUUUGUCGAAUACGACAAUUACGCAAGUGAAAUCUGCAGCAGUUACAAUUCCUAAACCAAAGGUCGAAAGUCGUCCAAUGACGUUGACAAUGACGGCAAUAAAGGCACCACUUGUAGGGGCAAGUACCGGUGCAAAGAUAGUUAAAAACCCAAUUAACCCCUCCACGAUGCCGAAAAUGGGUCAGAUACCUGCAACACCGGGACUGAGCAAGGAUACGUCUAACCGCAGUAGCAUUUACCGUCAACUAAGUGUACCGUCAAAGGCACCUUCCAAUGUUAAAGCCACACCAGUUGCAUUGCUUUCAACAGCUAGCAUGACAGGUAAACUUAAUAAUCCCACUGGAACAGGCACCACCAGAUUACCUUCUCCUGCUUCCUUGCAACUGUCGGCAGUGAAGACAACAUCCAGUGUUACGACACCUGCAACAAUCACCAAUCAGUCGAGCUUAGUGACUAAACCGGGUGAUACGAUGUCGCUGAUGUCCCGUCCAACAACGAUCAUUAGUCGACCAGGGAAAAGCCCAAUAACUGUGAGUGCUGCUAGAACGAGCGAAGCUACUACAAAGUCUGGUUCAGCGAACAUUAUCACGACCGGUACAGGGCAACAUCCAGCAUCUUCCCGUGUUUCUGUCAGCGGUUCGCUUCCACAAUCGACGAUGACAGUUAUACCAACACGAAAUAUCGCCACUACUGCCGGGUUGCAAAGACUGACCGCUUCUACUGGUGGAGCACCAUCGCCAUCGGCAUCGACCUUAACAGUUAUUCCAUCCUCACCUACUGCAAGAUUGCAGCGAACUUCUUCGACAGGUGGAACGCCAACAACAUCAACAAUGACCGUCAUUCCAACAGCAAACGUAAGCGGAAUGAGUUACAGUUACAAGGAUGGGGGACGCAACGACGUCAAGAUACAUAAAGCUGUAGCUUCACCUUCGAUGAUUCGAAUUCUACCGUCCGUAUUGGGUUCACAGCCAACUACUCUUAAACCGAUAACAUCAGCGUCUUCAUCAAGAACUGUGCUGAAACCGAGUGUACCGAUAGGGAACGUUAUUCGUGCUGGUACCGGCACCACCACCAACACCAACACCACUACCACAUCACUGGCCGGAGGUGUUCAAUCGGCACCAAACUGUGUUUUUAUUCGCAAACGCGGUUUGGAUUCAACUACGCUGGACAGCUCGAAACCCAAAAGUUCGAUUUUUGACCAGCAGCUGAAGGGCAAUGGUAGCAACGAAUCUGAUACCCCCAAUAUAAAGCGUACCAGACGUGAACCAACGAAUAUCAAUCCUGCCGCCGUUACAAACUCGGUUUUGUCCUCGUUGGGCAUCACGAAUCGCAUGUGUGGAGGAUUGCUAGUUAAAACGAAAACAUUACCUCCAAUUAAAAGUAACAAGCAAGAUGACCCUACCGAAGUGGUAGUACUUGAGUGA